CACACACACACACACCCCAUGCGUGUUGCUUGACGAUGAAGCUGCUCCGUGUCUUACGCCGAAAACACCCAAGUCCAAAAGGACCAAAGCGAGGGUUUGUGUCCCCAUCGAGGCAUUUCUUUAUUUGAUCCAGACCGAGGCUGAAUAUUUAUGUAGUCUACUCAGGACACCCAGAUCUGUCUAAAGGAGCAACGAUAGAACCCAAAGGUGAAAUCCGGCAAUACACACGGUUAGCAAUCACAGUUCACCAGCAGCUACAGAUUAUGUACAUGAUUUUCACAGCAUCUGGAAGAAAGUGGAUAAAAUACCAGCUUCGUGCUUAGCAGGAAUUGAAAAUCUGUGAUAAACAGCUAUUUUGGACAUGGAUGUUGGUGAGAGAAGAGAGUGGAUAGCCACUGCACCUGUCCUGAUGAUAUGGAAAGCAAAUGCCUUGUUGAGAGAUUAACCAUGGUGAAUUUUUCCUCAUGUAUCCCUAUUUGUUCAGGCCAUGUAAUGUGGGACUAUGGAAGGCCAUGAAGCAAAAAGCUAUCCUAACCAGAUGAAUGAUGGAGACAGAAGAAAUCAUACAAACAUAAACUCAGCUGAUCCAGUGUUAAUGUAUUCAACAACUUGGACAUAGUACACAGCUGUUCAGUACAAAGGUGGAAGAGAACUGUUGAAAAUGUCACAUUAGUAAGCAAGAGGUACACAUUCUUUGGCUCCAGUUGCUAAAAAAAGAGUAGGUGUGCUUGAUCUGGACACAUGACACAGGACAAACUGUGUCAAAUGACACCAUUGGAUGGAGUGAUCACAGACGCAACUAUGUAAGGCAACAUCUCCAAUGUGCAGGUCCUAACAACAAAGACAAUACUGUGAUUCAUACCGCGUAUGUGGGCUCUUAGAGGAAACUGGUGGUUACUCAGCAGAGAAGAAACAAGCAGAUGAUGUAUACCUGAGAGCGAUCUCAGAAGUCUGCUCCUGUAGGACGACAAACAGCUUUACAUUUUUGUGAUAGCAGAAGGCAGGAAAAAAAGAAGCUCUGAGUGUUCACCAUGCCUCGGAACCGAGCCUUUUCAGAGCCAGAGUACUCUGUGGAGUGUUCGGCAGACUGCUCGGUGACACUGCCUUCUGACCCUGGGCAGGCGGUGGGCCGAACACACGAGGUCACAGUUCGGAGCUCAGGAUGCUGCCUCUGUCUGCCGCGGUUCAUGCGCCUCACCUUUGCGCCUGAGUCUCUGGAGAACCUCUAUCAGACUUAUUUCAGACGGCAGAGACAUGAAACCCUACUGGUGCUUGUGGUAUUUGCUGCCCUCUUUGAUAGCUACAUCAUCGUCAUGUGUGCAGUGGUCUACAGUGCUGAUAAGCUGGCUUCUGUUGUGGUAGCAUCUGUGGGACUAGUAGCAGAUAUUAUUCUCUACUUACUGUGCCGCUUUGGGCUCCUGCCGGAUCGCAUCUCAAGACGGGUCAUACCCUAUGCCCUGUGGUUGCUCAUAGCAGCUCAGAUAUUCUGCUACCUGGGUCUGAACUAUGCUCGCUUCCAUCAGGCCAGUGACACAGUGGGUUGGCAGGCUUUCUUCAGCUUCUCUUAUUUCCUGACUCUGCCUUUGAGGCUGACACCCAUUGUGCUCAUCACCACUGUAUCCUGUGGGGUCCACACCCUGGUUCUGGGUGUCACCAUCGCCCAGCAACAGCAGGAGGACAUCCAGGGGGCAACACUUGGCAGACAGCUGCUGGCCAACAUUGUGAUCUAUGUAUGCGCCAUCACAGUGGGUAUCAUGUCAUACUACAUGGCUGACAGGAAGCAUCGGAAGGCCUUUCUGGAGGCAAGACAGUCACUGGAGGUCAAACUCAACCUGGAGGAACAAAGCCAGCAACAGGAACGUCUGCUGCUCUCCAUCCUUCCAAAGCACAUAGCUGAUGAGAUGCUUCAGGACAUGAAGAAGGAGCCUAGUCAGAAAGAGAUGCAGCAGUUCAACACCAUGUACAUGUACAGACAUGAAAAUGUCAGUAUUUUGUUUGCUGACAUUGUCGGCUUCACCCAGCUGUCGUCGUCCUGCAGCGCUCAAGAACUGGUCAAACUGCUCAAUGAGCUCUUUGCCCGCUUUGACAAACUGGCUGCUAAAUAUCAUCAGCUAAGGAUCAAGAUCCUGGGAGAUUGCUACUACUGUAUCUGCGGGCUGCCAGACUACAGAGAGGACCAUGCUGCCUGCUCCAUCAUGAUGGGCCUGGCCAUGGUGGAGGCCAUAUCGUAUGUCAGAGAGAAAACCCAGACAGAUGUUGAUAUGCGGGUUGGAGUUCACAGUGGUACAGUCCUUGGGGGAGUGCUGGGUCAGAAACGCUGGCAAUAUGACGUCUGGUCGACAGACGUAACUGUGGCCAAUAAAAUGGAGGCUGGAGGCAUUCCAGGUCGCGUCCACAUCUCACAGAGUACCAUGGAGUGUCUUCAUGGUGAGUUUGAUGUGGAACCAGGAAACGGAGGUGACCGCUGUGACUAUCUGAGGGAGAGGGGCAUCGACACAUACCUGGUGGUUGUUCCUAAAGGACCUGUGGGAAAGAAUGGCAUCAGUGGUGUAAAGCUGUCUGUAACCUCCUCCAAUGGAAACUUGCCGCUGUUGAUCAACACCACAGAGUGUAACGGCAGUGUUAAUACAGCAUGCACCACCCCUGAAGAGCCAGAAGAACUGGACACAAGGGUGGUGAAUCCGUCUUUCCCAAACCCUCGCAGAAGGCUACGGCUGAGGGACCUGGCUGAAAGGGUGAUUGAUGCUCAGGAGAAUGAACAGGAGCUCAACAAGCUUCUCAAUGAGGCCCUUCUAGAGAGAGAGACAGUCCAAGCUCUCAAGGGGAAACACACCAACAGACUCUCCCUGAGGUUUGUGGAUCCAGACCUGGAGACACGUUACUCUGUGGAGAAGGAGAAACAGAGUGGAGCUGCCUUUUGCUGCUCCUGUGUGGUCCUGUUCUUCACUGCAGCUAUGGAGGCACUCAUAGACCCCUGGUUGAUUGCAAACUACAUCACCUUUGCAGUGGGAGAAGUCUUGCUACUCAUCCUGACGAUCUGUUCUCUGGCCGCCAUCUUCCCUAGAGUCUCUCCUAAAAAGCUUGUGUCUUUCUCCACCUGGAUUGAUCACACGCGCUGGGCUCGUAACACCUGGGCCAUGGCAGCCAUCUUCAUCCUCACCAUGGCUGACAUCAUGGAUAUGCUGAGUUGUCUGCCUCGAGUCCACGACUCAGGCAGCCCCACGCUGGCUCCUUCUUCCUCUCCCUGGUCUGGCCCUGACGGUUGCCUGGACAACCCCAAAUAUUACAGCUACAUCGCUGUGCUAGCAUUGAUGGCUACCACCAUGCUGGUUCAGGUCAGUCACAUGGUCAAGCUCACACUGAUGCUGCUCAUCACAGUGGCUACCGGCAUUGUUAACAUCUACAGCUGGAGGGACAUCUUUGACCGCUACGACGUGGCUCGCUUCCAGGACUACAGGUCAUACCUGGUGCCCUCCAAGUUCACAAUGACAAUUAUGAUCUUUAUUAUGAUGGUCAGCUUCUAUUACUUCUCUCGACACGUGGAGAAACUUGCCCGCACUCUGUUCCUGUGGAAGAUUGAGGUCCAUGAACAGAAGGAGAAAGUGUAUGAAAUGAGACGCUGGAAUGAAGCACUGGUGACCAACAUGCUGCCUGAACACGUCGCUCGACACUUCCUGGGUUCAAAGAAAAGAGAUGAGGAGUUGUACAGCCAGUCCUAUGAUGAGAUUGGAGUUAUGUUUGCCUCAAUCCCCAACUUCUCUGACUUCUACACAGAGGAGAGCAUCAAUAACGGAGGGAUCGAAUGCUUACGCUUCCUCAAUGAGAUCAUCUCGGACUUUGACAGUCUGUUGGAUGAACCUCAGUUCCGCUGCAUCACAAAAAUCAAGACUAUCGGCAGCACUUACAUGGCAGCAUCAGGUGUCACCCCAGAUGUCAGCAAUGGCUACACCUGCUUGAAGAAGGAGGAGCAGUCUGACAGAGAGCGCUGGCAGCACUUGGCAGACCUGGCAGACUUUGCUCUUGCCAUGAAGGUCACACUCAUGAACAUCAACUAUCAGUCAUUCAACAACUUCAUGCUUCGCAUUGGUUUGAAUAAGGGUGGAGUGUUAGCAGGGGUGAUCGGUGCCCGAAAACCCCAUUACGACAUCUGGGGCAACACUGUGAAUGUGGCCAGUCGCAUGGAGUCCACAGGGGUUAUGGGAAACAUCCAGGUGGUGGAGGAAUGCUACAACAUCCUAAAAGAGUAUGGCUUCCGAUUUGUGAGGAGAGGGCCCAUCUUUGUGAAGGGAAAAGGGGAACUGCUCACAUAUUUUCUGAAGGGAAGAGACAAACAAGGCUCAUUUGUCAACAGUUCCUCUGUGACACUGCCACACCAAGUGGUGGACAGCUAAAGAACACACACACACACCACACACAUGCACACAUACACAACAGUCGCAUCUUGUGUGUGAUAAAUGCCGAGAGAACAAGGGAGAGAGUUUUUGGAAGGAGAAAUCAUUUUCCUAAAAACACUGCGAUAUCUUCAUACACACUUGUGAAAACACACCACUCAUUACUGAAUACACACACACAGGCAAUGGAAAGAGAUACACUAUAUAGACAAAAGUAUCCAGAGCAUACCUCUUUAUGGGGCUAUUUUUCAGGGGUUGACCUAGACCCCUUACUUCCAGUGAAGGGAAAUCUUAAUGCUUCAGCAUACCAAGACAUUUUGGACAAAGCUGUGCUUCCAACUUUGUGGCAACAGUUUGGGGAAGGCCCUUUUCUAUUCCAGCUUGACGGCAUCCCAGCGCACAAAGCAAGAUCCAUGGCUGGAUGAGUUUAGUGUGGAAAAACUUGACUGGCCUGCACAGAGCCCUGACUUCGACCCCAGCGAACACCUUUGGGAUGAACUGGAAUGGAGACUGCGAGCCAGGCCUUUUUGCUGUCUUUGUAUUUAGAAUGCAAUGUCAUUAAAGUCCCCAUUGGUGUAAUGGUCAGGUUCCCCAAUACUUUUAUCUAUAUAGUGUGUGUACCAGUAGAGACUUUUUACUAAAUGUGAUUGAAGUCUGAGAUACCCUGAGAUACAAAUACAUAUUUUCUCACUAACCUCUCUGUGUCUAGUCAUGUGGAUCAUUUUGAUUGUAUUUGCUAAUGCACCCCUACCUUAAUGUGAUAGAGAUGAAUGGAAUUUCAUUAGUAACUGAAGUACAGAGGAAAAUGUGCGGCUGUAGACUAGUUCACAUUCUCUUGUGACAAAACCAAAGUGGUCUGAAAUGUUUUUUUUUCUGUCAUACUGAAAGUCUCUCUCUCUGACCCAUGUUCUAGUGCUCCUUAAUGCUGGACAUCUGUCACAACUGCUGCAGCUCAAUUAAAAUGAUACAUCAGUUUUAGCAGUGUGUGGUCCUACAGACAACACCAUCAAACAUAUUGCACAAAACCUAACAGCACAAUGAAAAAUUUAAAGUGCCCCUAAACUUUGAGAAAUCAACCGUCCUGUGUAUAUUUUGAGUCAGUGUCAGGAAAUGAAGUAUGCAACAAAGGCUGGAAUCAAAAGAAGAAUGUUAUGUGGCUCCAUCAGCAUUCAACUGUCACAUUAAACUACUUUUGUUUGCCAAACAGAUUGAAAUGUAAGGCAGAUGUAUUCAAAUGAAAACUGUGAUUUUAGUUUAACAUUUCAGUACGAGGGUACCUAAUUCAAACUGAUGUAAUACAGUGAUGAGUGAUGGGACAGUGUAUCUCUUUUCUUUCUAGAAAACACACUCACUCCUUUUCUUUCUAGAAAAGAGAUACACUAGAGUGUGUGUAUUUUUCUACAGUGAAAGUAUUCUGUCUUUUAUUCUGAUAUAGGAAGUACUGUGUUCUUUCUGCUUCUCAGAACACUACACUGCUAGCUGCUUCAAGUUGAAGUAUAACACACAUCUGUACUGUGUGUUGUAGGAGAGGGACAGGUGACAGUAUCAUGACAAAUAUGUCUCACACCAAUUGUAGAUUGAUGGAAGUGCCUAUUACAGCUGCUGUGAUCAUAGUGUUUUCUUUUUAAUUGAUGAAUGCCAUGGCCCUCUACAGGCAGGGAAAAUUCCACAGUGCUUACAACUUGGGUUUUAUUUUUGUAGCUCAAACCAGCAGGUUAGUCUCCAAAUGACUUGUUUUCCUGACUUCUUUAGUGAUGUCUACUUGAAAAAACAAUCUUAGCAAUUUACUUGUUGAUUUACUUGUUCCAAUGUUAAGAAAUAGAACUACGUUUUUUCCUUUAAGUGCAUGGUGCUUGUGAAAAAAGGAGGCUGUAAUUAAAACUUUAGGUAAAUAGAGAAAGUAAUAUAUGACAUGAUUUCAAGAUGAAACAUGAAACCAUUAAAACAUUAAGUUGAACUUAAUGGAUAAAUGCCAUUUCCACUUGGUAUUACCUUAUGAUCUGUUUCCGGAUAAUUAUAUCUCAUUACAAAGCCUUUGAAUUAAUUCAUUAAUGAAUUAAUAAAUGUUCUGGUCAUCUCGA